GGCCUAUCAAAUCAUUCAUCAAUCAGUAGUCAAGAUCUCCAUACUAGCCAAUCACAAAUUAUAUCAAUCUAUACAACCGGUAAUCAUUCAAUAAAUAUUACACAUUUAGCUAUUGAUCAUGCAGCUAAUCUAUAUGCUGGUGGUUCAAAUUGGCUAUUUCAAUUAAAUUCAUCAUCAUUAUCGGUUAUUGAAUCGGUUCGUACUGGACCAAUACCUGAUUCACCAUUGUGUUCACCAACUGAUUGUUCUGGUGUUGAUGAAUCAAGUAUACAAUUACGAAAUAAUAUCAAUAAAGUUCUAGUCGUUGAUGAACAUAGUAAUACAUUAUUAGUAUGUGGUACAGUACAUCAAGGGGCUUGCCGUAAACAUCGUCUUGGUGCGAUCAUACAAUCGGAUGAGCUUAUACCAUUGCCUGUAGCUGCUAAUGAUGAAAAUUCUUCUACACUUGCCUUUGUUGGACCAUCACGUUAUAAUGGAAAUAUUAUUCAACCAGUGCUUUAUGUGGCUGUUACUGAUUCACGUUUAGGACCAUAUCGUGAUAUGGUACCGGCUAUUUCUUCACGUUCAUUAGAAUCUGGUCAAAGAUAUUUAUCAAUAAUUGAAAAAUCAUUCACCGAUACAGCUAAAGUUGAUAUUGAGAUUCAUAUGAAAGAUUAUUUUCUUGUCAAUUAUAUAUAUGGCUUUUCUACACCAGAUUUCGUUUAUUUUGCUACCGUACAGAAACGUUCACAUCUUCGUGCACUAGAAGAAUGGGGCUAUCAUUCACGUUUAGCACGUGUUUGUCAAUCAGAUCCAACAUAUAAUACAUAUGCUGAAGUUACUGUUGAAUGUAUUGACAGUGAUGGUGAACAAUAUUCAUUAUUACAAGAUGCAACACUUAUUGAAGCUGGUGAUGAAUUGGCACAAUCAUUACGAGUGAAACCAAGAUCAAAAUUAUUUGUUGGUACAUUUUCUAAAGCCAUCGAACAUACCAGUACACCGGAUACACGUUCAGCUAUCUGUAUAUAUACAUUGCAAGAAAUUGAACAAAAAUUUGCACAAAACAUACACAUGUGUUAUAAUGGUUCCAUCACGACACGUAAUAUGGAUUAUAUUGCCGGUAAUAUACCAAAUUGUCCGGCCAAGCGCAUCAACAAUAUCAUUUCGUUUUGUUCGGAAACAUUGAAAAUCAAUGGUAGUUUACCUAUUGUACGUAAAGCUGCAGCCAUUUUUCCACAUCAUACACUUACAUCGAUUUUGGGCCAGGUAACAUCUGGUUCUGUUUAUAAUGUAUUGUUUGCCGGUACACAUGAUGGCCUUUUGAAAAAGCUAUUGAUUUCUGGACCGGAUUUAGCCGAAGAAUUUGAUCAGGUUAGCAUUGAUGCUGGCCAUCGUAUUCUAGCCGAUAUGAUUAUGGAUAAUGGUGGAAAAUAUCUAUUUGUUGCCUCUCCAUAUGUGAUUGCCAAAGUUGCCAUUGAACAUUGUCCACAUUAUGGAAAUUGUCGUUCAUGUUUAAACUCAAGAAAUCCAUAUUGUGGUUGGUGUUCAUUACAGAAAAGUUGUACAUUACGUUCUGAUUGUAUGGAUACACGAACAUCGGUAUCAUCACGUUGGUUAUCAGUGGAUUCAUCCAAAUGUAUUGAAUUUCAAUCAAUUUAUCCAGAAUUUUUGCCAAUAAAUUCAUUGGAAAAAGUUAAAUUGAUCAUCAAUCAAUUGCCACGUUUACCAGCAAAUGUUAGUUAUCAAUGUGUUUUCGGUCCGAAUGAACCAAUUCAAGCUGAACCAAUGCCCAAUGGACUUAUUUGUCAAUCGCCACCGGUAUCAUUGAGGCCACGAUUUCCUGAACAGCAAGAUUUUGUUUCCAUCGACUUGGCCAUACGACCUUCAGAUACGCGUACAGAUUUUCUUCAACGAAAAUUUAUUUUCUAUGAUUGUAAUUUUUAUAAAACUUGUACUGGCUGUGUUCAAAGUCGUUGGUCAUGUCAAUGGUGUUUCAAAGAAAAUCGUUGUGUAUCAUCCGGUUAUCUAUGCGGAAAAAAUUUUCAAUCCACUGGUAAUUAUUCAAGCCGUGUGCCUAAAUCUACUUAUCGAUUACAACAACAACAACAACAUCUACAACAAUCAAAUCAACCAAAUGUUGUUCGUCAUCGUAAUGAAUGUCCAAGUUUUAAUUUUACAACCAAACAAAUGAUGGAUAUUAUAUUGCCUAAUGGUGUUGCACGUGAAAUAUCAUUACCAGUGCAGAAUUUAGCAUUCGAAAAUGUCAUGUUUGGCUGUUUGAUUAAUAUUGAAAACAUUCAAACCUAUGUUUCAGCUCGUAUUAGCGAUGGUAAUAUUGUCUGUGCAUCGACAAAAUUUUCAUAUGAUAAUGAAAACGCUACAUCUAUUGCAACGGUAACAGCCGUUUGGAAUAAAAUUCAUUCAAUUGAUCGUAUUAACAUUACAUUGUAUAAAUGUCAAUAUCUUGGUAGCCACAAUGAUCGUGCUGAUUGUUCAAUUUGUUUGAAUCUGGAUCGAUUAUAUGAUUGUGCUUGGUGUGGUUCACAAUGUUCUCAUGCAGAACAAUGUAAUGAUCAACGUUCAAUGAUUUGUCCACCACCACGUAUUGAUCUGAUUCAUCCAUUAUCUGGACCAAUUCAAGGUGGUACAAUGGUAACGGUUGAAGGCAGUAAUCUUGGUGUUAAUAUUGAUGAAAUUCGUGAUAAAGUUCUUAUUGGUGGUUAUCCUUGUCAAGUACAAAAUUUUACCAUAUCGGUUCAAUUUACCUGCAUUACAAAACCUGUACAGAAUCAUUUUUGGGCCGAUGUUGUUGUCGGUAAUCGUGCUGGUUUCACUACGGCUCGUGAUAAAUUUCUUUAUGCCGUACCGGAAAUAUUGGCUGCAUCACCAAAUAGUGGACCACAAUCCGGUGGUACUCGUAUCUAUAUAACUGGAAAUAAUCUCAGCAUUGGAACAUCGUUAGAAGUUUAUCUAGAUGAAUAUCCAUGUAUUGUCGAUAAAAUGCUCGUAUCAUCCACACAGAUUAGUUGCCGUACAACGGCAAGUAAAUAUGCUAGUUAUGAAGUGGAUAAAUUACAUAUCAAAAUUGAUAAUGCAACACUUACAUUACCUAGCCGUUUUCGUUAUGUUCCGGAUCCUACUAUUAUGCGUAUCUAUCCACUUAAAAGCUAUGUAUCAGGUGGACGUUCGGUUACAGUGAUUGGCACAAAUUUCGACGUAAUUCAACAACCACGUUUGGCUAUAUUCAGCAUAGAUGGAUCAUUUAUCAAUGAUACUGUAUGUGAUGUUGUGUCGACAUCACAAAUGAUUUGUCCAUCACCACCAGUGAAUGCUGAACUUGUUGAUAUUAUAUAUCGAGAACAGAUUGAUUCACAAUCAUUACGAUCGGCUAUUUCAGCGCCAUCUUCAUCUUCUUUCACCGGUAGCAACAAUGAUCAUUCAUCAACAUUUGAAAAAAUUAGUUUUCGUAUCGGUUUCAUCAUGGAUUGGGUGAUGAGUGUUCGUGAUCUAUCCGUUAAUUAUUCUACCAUCCAUUCGGAUCUAAUCUAUGUACCGGAUCCAAAAGCAUUUUCAUUCGAAGAAGGCAUCAAAGAUUAUAAAGGCGAUUCUUUGGUUAUUGAAGGUGAAAAUCUACGAUUAGCAACAAGUGAAUCAGAAAUCAAUGUUACAAUUGGUAAUCGACCAUGUAACCUGACAUCAUUGGCACCGAAUCAAAUUGUUUGUAUACCACCGGAACAACAACCUGAACCAACAGAUGAAUUUGGCCGUCGUACAGCUAUUUAUCUACCAUUGGUUGUAGUGAGAAUUGGUAAUAAUUUACGUUAUGAAAUCGGUUAUCUACGUUAUGAUUCGGUGAAAGGUUAUGAGCUAUCAUUGGUCACUAUUGGUUUGAUCAUCAUAUUUUCAUUGAUUUUGAUCGUAUUCGUAUUGGUAUCGUUUGUAUUUAUGCGACAUAAAUCAUUGUUAGCUGAACGUGAAUAUAAACGUAUACAGAUGCAAAUGGAUACAUUGGAAAAUAGUGUUCGAUCUGAAUGUAAACAAGCAUUCGCUGAAUUGCAAACCGAUAUGACCGAUUUGAGUAAUGAUCUGGAGAAUUGUGGUGUACCAAUACUUGAACAUCGUAAUUAUGUUAUGAAAGUAUUUUUCCCAGGCGUGGAUGAUCAUCCAUUAUUUCAGCCACGACCACGUACAACGAAUGGUGCAAAUAUCACCUGUGCAUAUAACAUCUAUGAAUUGGCAAUGGCUCAAUUUGAACAAUUGAUUUAUAAUAAAUCAUUUUUAAUUUGUUUCUUGAAUACAUUGGAAAAUUCACCAUCAUUCAAUAUUCGUGAUCGUGUAAAUGUUGCCUCAUUAUUAAUGGUCAUCCUAAUGGAACGUAUGGAAUAUGCAACCGAUAUUCUACGUACAUUAUUACUACAAUUAGUGGAAAAAUCCGUUACAACUAAAUAUCCACAAUUAAUGUUACGUCGUACUGAAUCGGUGGUGGAAAAAAUGCUUACCAAUUGGUUAGCAUUGACCAUGUAUGAUUAUAUGAAAAAUUAUGCUGGUUCACAAUUAUUUUUACUAUUCUCGGCCAUCAAACAUCAAAUUGAGAAAGGACCAAUCGAUGUGAUUACACACGAUGCUCGAUAUUCAUUAUCCGAAGAACGUUUAUUACGUGAACAUUAUAGUAAUUAUGAACAAUUAAUUCUACAAGUAUUUCAGCCUGAAAAACCAUUAGAUAAAUAUCAUAUACGUGUUAAUGACUGUGAUACAAUAAAUCAAGUGAAAUCAAAAAUAUUGGACAUCAUCUACAAGAAUACACCAUUCUCAAUGCGUCUUUCUAUACAUGAAUUUGAUUUGGAAUGGCGUGAUCCAUCUGGAAAUCAUAUCUUGUUGCAUGAUAUUGAUCAUACUUCGAAACGUGAACAUCAUGGCGCAUGUUGGCAACGAUUGAAUACGUUGAAACAUUAUAAUGUAAAGAACAUGUCGUUAGUAAUGUUAAUAACAAAAAAUUCAAUGCUCAGACAUCAACAACAACAACAACAACAUCAACAUCAACAUCAACAGAAUCAAACAUUUUAUAUGACGAAUAAAAAAUCAGCAAUUUAUCCAUUGUUGGCAAAUUCACCAAUAAAUUGUCAAACAACAACAAUGAAUGGUUUCACAACCGAUGUUGAUAAUGAUCGUUUCUGGCAUCUGAUGAAACCAACAUUUGAUGAUAUGAGUAAAGAAUCAUCUAGUUCAUCAUCCGGUUCAGUAUUGAUGCAUAAAGCGAUACCAGAAAUAUUUCUUACAAGACUUUUAUCAACCAAAGGAACUGUACAAAAAUUUAUUGAUGAUUUUUUUCACACAAUUCUUGUUGUUAAUGAUGCAUUACCUGUAUCAAUCAAAUGGAUAUUUGAUCUAUUGGAUGAAGCUGCCAUUAUGUAUAAUAUUAUCGAUCCAGAUGUUGUUCAUGCAUGGAAAUCUAAUUGUCUGCCAUUGAGAUUUUGGGUGAAUUUUAUUAAAAAUCCAAAUUUUAUUGUCGAUGUAAAUAAAACGCCAACAAUUGAUUCAAAUCUAAGUGUUGUUGCACAAACAUUGAUGGAUUCAUGUUCAUCAUCUGAUCACCGGUUAGGAAAGGAUUCACCAUCAAGUAAAUUAUUAUUUGCCAAAGACAUUAUCAGCUAUCGUCGAUUGGUGAUGCAAUUCUAUCAGGAUGUAUAUCAUUCGCCACCAGUAAGUGAACAGACAUUAUUUUCACAUAUGCAAAGUUUGAAUAUGGCUCAUGCUGGCCAAUUCGAUACUGUUUGUGCAUUAAAAGAAUUAUUCGUUUAUGCUGUUAAAUAUCAUGCCGAUAUAAUGAAUAAUUUACAACAAAGUGAUUACAUAACUAAACAACAAUCGUUGGAUAAAUUUAUUAAUCUAAUUAAUUAUAAAUUUUAAUUGAUGAUGAUGAUGAUGA